AUGUCUCUCGAGAUGAUCAUGAUGGAGGGGGAUGAGAAAGAUAAAGGAAAAUGCUCAGGAGAUGCCGCAGUCAAACCUGAUCUCGGGAAGAGUCUCGAGGUCCAGUUGGUAUUGUCUUUGGCCAUUGGUAUUUCGGCCUUCUUCCUCUUCUGCUUUCUACGUCCACGAUGGCCUGCCCUUUAUGCUGCGCGAAAACGUCGCCUCGAUCACCGACUCGGUCUACCUAAUCUUUCUGAUACCACAUUCGGAUGGAUACCUACACUCUACAGGAUCACCGAAGAGCAAGUUCUGGCUUCCGCUGGACUUGAUGCCUUUGUGUUUCUUAGCUUCUUCAAGAUGGCCAUUCGACUCUUUGUUAUUAUGGCAUUCUUGGCCACCCUUGUGCUCUGGCCGAUAAAUCAUAUAUAUGAAGGUUUUAGGCUUCCCGUGGGAGGUAGAAGUGACAAUCAAGCGGUCGGCUUUGAUGCGUUUUAUGACAACCCGAGCUAUAUCGAUGUACUCAAAGGCAAGGGCGACGGUAAAGAUAAGAGCUGGAUAAAGACCUGGAUGUGGGCUUAUGUUUUCUUCACCUACUUCUUUGUCGGGCUGACAAUCUACUACCUUAACCUCGAAACCCAUCGCAUUAUCAAGUUUCGCCAGGACUAUCUUGGUUCCCAAUCCACUGUUACGGAUAGGACAUUUCGCCUUACCGGAAUACCGGAAGAUCUUCGAUCGGAAGAAGCAAUCAAGAACCUUAUUGAAAAAUUGGAGAUCGGUACUGUCGACAAAGUUAUGAUUUGCCGGGAUUGGAAAAAGCUUGACGAUCUUGUGGAUGCGAGAGACACUGCACUAAGAUGUCUCGAGGGUGCCUGGGCCACCUUUCUCAAACAACAGCGGCAAAAGACAAAAGACAACGGGUCUCAGAGAAGACGUGGCAAUGGAGUAUCCCAGAACGGUCCUCAAGAUGAUGGAGACGGUGAGGCAGCUGGGGAGAAUGGGCGACUCUUGGAUUCUGAGCAACAGCCCUGGGAUUCAGGAGAUGAAGGGAGACCCAAAGUUAACAUACGCUAUGGUACUCUUGGCCUGCGAUCACGCAAUGUGGAUGCCAUCGAUUACUACGAGGAACGACUUCGAAGAUUAGAUGCUAAGGUCACCGAGGCUCGCAAGCAGUCGUACACACCCACAGACAUGGCGAUUGUUACCAUGGAUUCUGUUGCAUCGUGUCAAAUGGCCAUCCAAGCACGCAUUGACCCCAGGCCGGGACGCCUUUUGACAAAGCUAACGCCGGCACCUUCGGAUCUUGUCUGGAGGAAUACGUACGCUCCUCGUGGUAUCCGCCGUCUUAGGUCUUGGACUGUCACAGUUCUUAUCACGGUCGUCACUCUUGUCUUCAUUACCCCUACCGCUUUCUUGGCUGGUUUGUUAACCCCAUGUGCAAUCAAUGAGGCAGCGCCUGCAGUAGGUAAAUGGCUGAGAGAACACACCAUUAUCUACUCUUUGGCCUCAACCGGUUUACCAGCACUGGUCGUCUCACUUCUUAACGUUGCUGUUCCCUAUUUGUACGAUUUUCUCUCCAACCAGCAAGGAAUGAUCUCACAAGGAGACGUGGAGCUCUCGGUCAUUUCUAAAAACUACUUCUUUACCUUCUUCAACACCUUUUUCGUCUUCGCGAUCUCAACGUCUGGACUCGCAUGGUGGAGCGAGUUGCAGAAGUUUGCUAAGGACACAAGCCAGAUUCCAAAAGUUAUAGCCGGGGAUGUGGAAAACCUUGCAGUUUUCUAUACUUGCUUCAUCAUGCUGCAGGGCAUCGGUCUCAUGCCCUUCCGAAUUCUCGAGGCAGGAAGCGUAUUCCUCCACCCUUUCCUCAAAUGGCUUUCCAAAACGCCUCGCGAUGCUCUUGAGCUCAAGAAGCCCCCGGUUUUCCAGUAUGGCUUCUUCCUCCCGACUUCACUGCUCGUAUUCAACCUGUGCAUCAUCUACAGUGUUCUGAAUCUUGGCUUUAUCAUUCUCAUUAUCGGAUUGAUUUACUUUGUCCUGGGUUAUUUCGCUUUCAAGUACAUGGUACUUUACGCGAUGGACCAACCUCAACAUGCUACCGGGGGUGCAUGGAGAAUAAUAUGCUACCGCGUCAUCGUUGGAUUACUUGUUUUUGAGCUCGUCAUGGUGGGCCGAAUUGCCAUAGGGGAGGCAUUCAUUCAAUCUGCUUGCAUCCUACCGCUGAUUCCGCUUUCCGUUUGGUAUAGUUAUUAUAUCAAGCGCCGGUAUGAACCUUUGACCAAGUACAUUGCCCUUCGCGCGAUCAGGGCAGACGAGGACUCAUCUGAUGCAGCUGCAAUGGACGAUGCAUUCGAAGAUGAAAGUAUAGUUCGACCUUCGCAGGCGCUUCUUCGCCGAGGAAGUACGCUAGAUGAGUAUAAGGAGAGGGGAAUGCAGUUUGUUAACCCUAGCCUUGUUGCUCCACUUCCACAGCCAUGGAUUUACGAUGAGCCACCUCCCCCAAUCAUUACAGAGGAGACGCAGUCGACACAAGAGAGCCAGCAACCUAUUCUGCAGGGUGUUGAUAGCACGCUUGGCAUAGGCGAUGAGAAUGUUUGGCGAGACAACGGUGGAAAUAAUGUUUAA